AUGGGCGUUUACGUCUUUUUCUGUACCAUCACUCACCACUCUUCACUUUCUGCUUCUGUGCCUGCAGAAAAGGGAAAAGCCUAUGAUAAUGGGUGCGACUAUUCCAUUGGCAAAUGGGUUCGUGACAAUAGAGCUCCUUUGUAUAAUGGAACAACAUGUAAGAUCACGAAAAGUCAAAAUUGCAUCGUUAAUGGAAGACCGGACUCAAACUACCUUCAUUGGAGAUGGAAACCAAGUGAGUGUCAUCUUUCAAAUUUUGAACCAAACACAUUUCUUAAACUCAUCAACAACAUGCAUAUAGCUUUUGUUGGAGACUCUUUAUCUAGGAACCAAAUUGAGUCCCUUAUAUGCUUAUUAUCCACUGCUUCAAAACCUAAACGUGUCCGCCAUCUAGGCUCUAGAAAGUGGUACUUUCCUUCUCACAAUGCAAACUUGUCUUUUUAUUGGUCGCCUUUUCUUGUGAGGGGUGUUCAAAGAAAAAACAGAGGGCCAAUUUAUAAUACAAUGUAUUUGGAUCAUGUCAAUGAGAGGUGGGCUAGAGAUAUAGAUCAAAUGGACUUGAUUGUGUUAUCAUUUGGUCAUUGGUUUAUGGUUCCUUCAAUUUACUAUGAGGGUGAGUCUAUUAUAGGUUGUUUUAAAUGUCAUGAUCUUAAAUUUAACUAUACCGAUAUUGGAAUUUAUGUUGCGAUGAGAAAGGCUUUAAGGACUACUCUUAAUAGUAUAAUUGAAAGGAAAGUUGUUAAAGGGAAUGGAAAUUAUGUGAUUGUGAGAACAUUUUCACCAUCUCAUUUUGAAGGUGGUUGGGAUAAGGGAGGAACUUGUUCAAAGAGUGAGCCAUAUGAAAAUGGGGAGAAGAAACUUGAAGAAAUGGAUGCUGAGAUAAGAAGUAUUGAGAUAGAGGAAGUGAAAAAUGCUAAGUCAAAAGCUGAACAAUUGGGAUUUAAUUUGGAGGUGCUUGAUAUAACAAAAUUGGCAUUGUUGAGACCAGAUGGUCAUGCAGGAGCCUACAUGAAUCCUUUUCCAUUUGCUAAUGGAAUUCCAAAGUAUGUACAAAAUGAUUGUGUUCAUUGGUGUUUGCCAGGACCUAUAGACACUUGGAAUGAGAUUUUUUUGGAGAUCAUGAAGAAGGGGAAGAACCACCCACAUAAGUGA